AUGAUGAUGAGAGUCGAAAACGAAACGCCUCGAAAGAGGAAACAUUCCCAGAGCCUUUCUGAUUCCUCGUUGUCUGCCGAAGAAAUCCAGAAAACGCCUUCCAAAAGUAAUCCAGCCAGCGACGGAAGAACGAAAAAGUUCGUGAAGAGCACACCAGUGAAGAAGAUCACUUUGGAGGAGACAAUUUUAGACACUUACGGAGAGGAGGAACAAGCGGCUCGCAUACAUUUUGAACGCACAUUCUACGAGCGUUCACUUACCGACGAAUUCAUGGCUCAGAAGCCAACAACAUCGUCAUCCGAAUACGAUGCCGCUGGCUCUACUCAGGAAAAUGCUGUGGAAUCGGGAUAUGACGCAGAUGAGUCUCAGGUUUCCGAAGCAAAUUGCUCUCAAACCGAAGAAGAUAAGAAUGAUUAG